CACAAUUACAAGUGUAGUCUGUGAGGUGAUUGCCACAAGGCAAACUCAUUUUAAUUUAGUUUUAUUGGGUUUGUUUUUCUGCGUUUGCGAAAUGAAAUGCUGUGAUUCAGUUGCAAUAACUGAGGUAUUUAGAAUUUUUCUCAGUCGCUUUAAUGCAUUUCUCAGAUCAGAGUUGAAAUUCUCAAAACUGCUUGUUCAAUCUUCACAUCAUUGUGUCACUUGUGCACAUCAAGAAAGCAGUUUUCUCAUUUCUUUGAACAAGUUGCAAAUGCUUUGGUGCAUCCAUGCAAAUGAUUCUGUACAAUUCUCUGCUGAUUCAUACAUUAUCGGCUGCUUAUGUCAUGUUGAUCAAAAUGUAUUCUAGUGGGUCCCUGUUGAAUAGUCUCACCCUCCACAACAUUUAGGCAUUAGUUCAUGGCAUAAGUCUUUACAUGCAAAAUGGUUGAAUAAGUUGUCAUAAUAUGACAAGGAUGUUUCUAUACAUUUCCAUUAGACUUUUAAAAAAAAUCUGUCCUGAAUUGGUAAAUUGCUCCCAGGUGAAUCUUGAAUUUUUCUAAGAAUGGAAAUGUGUAAAGGGUGAGGGUUUUCUGAAAUGGCUCAAAGACACAAGGAAGAUAUUCAUCAUGUGGAUGAGAAUUUGUGUCCCAACAGACAGGAAUGUCAGGAGGUGUAGGAAGACUGCACAGUAAUUCCUACAGCACUGCAUGUACAGUUUUCCCUGAGGAGAUUGUGUUAUGUUCAAAUUUCUACUUUUUUUUGUUUUUUUUGUUUUACUUUUCUUCUUUGUUCUAUGCAGCGCUGUUUUCUUUCUGUUUUGCAAUACCUGUCAACAAAUUUCAACAGCAAAAGUCUAAAUAUGAAUCUUGUCCAGUCUCUUGCAAUCAAUCUCCCACAUACACUAAGGUGGAACUUACAAUUUGCAAUAAUUAAAAUCAAAACUUCAGCCAUAGUUUACAUCAGAACAUCCCUCCAGAGUACACUGGUUAGAAUGACAACAUGAAGAAGCAAUCUGACACAGGGACUUGUCAUUCUGAUGCCACUGACAUGUUCAUUGACACAGAUAUUUACUUUUGAGAGAUCAACUAAGGAUUUUGAGCACGUGACUGGCUUUUGCAGGUAAUCCAUGGUGUUUUUGCUAUUUGUACAAAUUGUUUUGAGAAAUGCACUUUCUGUUUUGCAAUUGUCGAGAAUGAUUCGAGAAAUGUCCCAAAGCGACUGAGAAAAACUGUAAUACUACAUCAAAAUAAAGCAACGUUUUUUUUUAAUUUUUCUAUUCAGACAUUUGGUGAUAAAGGCACCCAAGAAUCAAAACAGAGAUGUAAUAAUAACAGAAAAAUACAGACUAGCAACAAAUUAGAUGAAAAACCUGAACCUUUAACACCUCUAGUGGGUGGUCAUUUUGCUGCCAUAGUUUCAGUCCACUUCUCCCUUUUGACCAAAGUGAUCCCCUUUAUCCUAUGGUGUAACAUUUCUAUAUAGAUGGGGGUGGUCUCUUGCCCCCAUCCAUAAAGCACAAGUGGUGACUGAAUGACUCCUUGGAAAUUAUGUAAAUCUUGUUUUGUGGCUUUCACAAUGACCAGAUCGCAACCCAAUACAACCCUUAUGUGAGAUUUUGGACCAACAUGUAAAACUACACUCUCUACCACCACCAACAUCAAACUUAGAGAAUCUUUGAGAAUCAAUACCAAGGCUCAUUGGAUGGUUCUUGUAGCAAAUAGUAGCCCAAAGCAUUACUAACACACUUUAUGUUGGUUUCUCCUUUAAUUUGUUAGCCAUCUAGAAGUAGAAGCGAUGCCACUUUGUUGCAGAUUUCAGCUACACAAACAGUCAAUAUUCAUGCCUGAAUUUAGGUCAUUUACAUUAUGUAGGUUUUCUAACUAAAAUAGAUUCCCAUAAUUACAGAAUGACCUUUGGAGUCUGCUCCGUUCCCCUACCUACAAUGAACUAAUUACUUUGCAUGUGUGCUCACUGUGAUGUUGACCUUUGUGUUCUUUGAUUAAACUUCACAUCUGUUGAGCAGUACAAAGGCUCUCACUGAUGAUAUCACUCUCUGUGCCUGUGUCAGAGUUUGAUGGAGAGCUGGUCGGAUGACAGCUGGAACUGUUGUCAUAACUGGAGGAAUACUGGCCACAGUGAUACUUCUGUGUAUCAUAGCCGUGCUCUGUUACUGUAGACUCCAGUACUACUGCUGUAAGAAGAAUGGGUCUGACAGCGGCUCCAUCUCUCAGCAACAUUUCGCCUGCAAUGCCUGCAGUGUCUCUGGCCUGGACGGAUCGAUCAUCACCCCACUGUCCAUGUCGCCGCCAGAGCCACCCAAAUCCUCCAAUCCCGCCAAAACCCCCGGGGGGCGUCGCAGCUACUGCCCCAGCUGCUCGCCCUACGACUCCCCCUUCUACAUCCGCACCACCGAUGAGAUGCGCAACGGUGGUGAGCGCAUCACCUACAUGCCCACACACUAUGACAACCAGGCGUUGGCGAUGCCGCUGCCCGCUGUCCGAGGCUCCCUGCUGAGGGACACCCAGCGAGGGAGGCCUCCUGAUUUCUACACCAACACCCGAGCCAUCAGCACCGAGGUGUGAGCACCCCAUCACCCUUCCACACACAGACACACACCAGCACCACCAUUAACACGACAAUAAUUUGGACUCCUAUUGCAGCUGCCAGUGAGGAUCUGCUGGAUGAAGGCUCACUGUUUUUGGAGGUUACAUUAUCACGUUUAUUUAGGGGUUUUGAAUGAUUUAACUGAGAACUGUCUUAGCCAGUUGUGGUGAGUGGCAAGAAGGGGCCCCUUUCAAACCCGGCUCCCCACUUUAUGCCCCUAAAUUUAAGUUUCCAUGUUCACAAGUAUACUGAUAAUUUUGUGAUUGAUAGUAGACGUUAAACUGUCUGUAGGAAAACCUCCCUUUAUCCUCCCGCACGAAGGGUUUGGUUAUACACUGUUGACUGUUACUGUGUCUUUACUGACUGAGGGCUAUUUUAGAUCAUCAUUUUUCCAUGCUACAUAUCUUCCCAGUGACUGCCAAAAAUGAUGACGUGUGUAGCAAGUAUGAAGCAAUUUUGACAUGCUAAGCAGAAUGAAAUGUGUCUGAAAACAGUGGAAAAGGAAAAGUCAACAUCUCCUGUGUAGUUUUGUGGCUCUCUGCAUAAAAUGAGGAGGCGGGCGGACGAUUGAAGAUUUCUCUAUGCAAGCUGUCUAGCAAACUACCGCAGCUCUUCAUCUCCAGCCAUCUUCUUUCAGCAGUCUUCAUCUCCUCAACUCUCCCGGGGGAAUUCUGUGAGCACUGUAGUGACAUAUUGUGAUGCUGCACAUGUAGAUAGACUUACAAGCAUUUAAAACUGGAUCGUGGAUACACAGCAGUUGAAAACCCCGUGAGCUCACAGGUCCAGCUCUGAACCUCUUGUUUCUCCCCUGAUGUGGAAACCUGUGAACAAGCAAGGAUGCCUGAGCCUUUGAAUGCAACACAGUGGUAAGCUUCGAAUGAACUGACUGAAUUUCUCUUUACUGACAGAGAUGCAAAAAGUUUCAAAUGUAAAUAUUAACCGGAAAGCAAUGAACGCAUUUCUUGAUCCCAUCGUGUUCUUGGCAGAGAGAGAGAGAGAGAUGCACGCUGGGAUUUGAACUUGAUACAUUUUGAAUGAGGGAGUGCCAUUUACUGGUUUGUGCUAUUUUGUCUAUACACUCCUUCUAUAUUCCUCUAGUACUCUCAUAUUGAACCUUUGAAAUGCAAAUAACCAUGAAAUUUCUUCUCAUUCUUUUUUUUUCAUAUGAUGAGGAAGUCGGUGUGCACAUUUAUGUGGUUGAAAACUGUCUCACAGUGCUCAUUUGCUCAUUUUCUUCCCAGCAUUGCUUGCCAUACACUAUAAUAUUUCCUGUGAUAACUGUCUUUAUAUUUCUGUGUACAGCAGGGUUCAGGUAAGCCGAAUAAACAGUGCAAGACGCCUUUAGGACUUGCAGGGUGUGAUAAUGUUUGGAGAGUUUUGUGAGAUUUUUGGAUAGUGCUGUCUUUCAAGCAUUUUUCAGCAAUGCAUAAUUAGAACAUUUUUUUUAGCCACUGCUUCAUUUAUUUCUUGAUUGAUUGAUUUUUUCAUCAAUGAAUCUCAUCAUUAAAUAGAUUCCAACUGCAGUGCCAUUACGCUGUGCAUCUUGAAACCUCUCAAAACCGCUUUAUGUUGGAAUUAUUUUUCUCUGGAUAAACUAACAUGAGCAAAGAAAUGUACAGAAGAUUGGCAAAAUUAAAGUUUUUCACUGAAGGUCAAUGUCUGAUCUGCAUUCAGUGAGAUAAAAACCUGUGUUUCUCCAUGUCACUGUCCACCACCACAGGCUUACUGUCAUCAUUCAUUUAUUUAGCCAUUGUAUUUUAUUACUUAUUUAACCAAUUAACUUUGAAAACAUAAAAAAAAAGAUUUUUAGAAAUGUGCUUAAAACAGAAACUGUACAUGAUAAAUACAGAAACAGUAAUAUUUAUUUGAUGGUGUUAACUUUUGACAAUUAAAGAUUUGUAACUGCUUGAA